AUGAGCCGCUAUCAGGAUCAGGCUGCGUCUGGGCCGGCCGAUUCGGCUGACGAAGCACAUGCUCCAUGUGACAGAGCUGGCUCGCCUGUCACUGGCCCAACCGGCUCCGAAACAAGGUCGAAUGAUGCUGCCGCCGAUGACUUGAAUGGGCACGGGCUGUUGGAAUUCUUCCAGCACGGCAUCAGCACCCAGUCCUGGUCCCGGUUCGACAGCCUCGAUGAAGCUCGCAUGUGUUACGUGGGGACCCCGAUAUCCAACCUAGCAUACCUCGUCAGUCAAGAACGAUGUGGCGACGAAACCAACCUACACUUCCCCAUUCCCCAAGUCCACAGGGAAGUGUCGUGGACCAUUGGCUCCAGCCUGCCCUCACUCCGGCUCCGUCCGCCCCUGGAGUCGGACCUGAAUUCAUUGCCAGUCAAAGAGGUGCGAGAUGCUCUGAUCGAAGCAUUCUUCCGUGACAUUUACCCCAUCUUCCCCAUUUUGGACGAGGCUGAAUGGCGAUACCACUGCGCGAGCAAGGACUCGCCCCCUCCACUUUUACUCUACCAGGCCAUCCUUCUAGCCGGUGCUCACGUUUGCCAACACCCCAAAGUGGUGGAAUCAAGGUCGUCGUUCAAAGCAGCCCUUUUCCACCGCGCCAAGGCACUUUGGGACCUCCGGUUCGAGAACGACAGAGUCAUCCUGGUGCAGACUGCCCUGUUGUUUUCAUGGCACACGGAAAACUCCGACAGCGUCAGUGCCAACCACUACUACUGGAUAUCGGUUGCCGCCGGCAUCGCCUUUGGCCUGGGGAUGCACCGAAACCUGGCUUCCAGUGCCACCAGCACCGCCAUGCCCCCGGCGUGUCGAACCAUGUUCCGGAGGAUGUGGUGGACACUGUUCCAAUGUGCGGUUGCGGCCGCCCUAGAAUAUGGGAGGCCCCUGGUGACUCCUCCCAGCGAAUGUGACCAACCGGCCCUCACCGAGGAGGAUCUCCUGCAGACCGACGGGUCGAAAAACACCAACAUCAACCUCCAGUACUGCGUGCGCAACAGCCAGCUGUGUGAGAUCGUAGCCGACAUCCUGUACGCCUUCUCACCCGGCUCGGUUCGCACCCUUGGCCAUCUGCAGGACACCAGCGUCUUGGACUCGCGGCUGGCCACGUGGAUCAGGACCCUCCCGCCAGGGAACGACUUCUACACGCUGCACCUGCGGCUCCAUUACAACAGUGCUCUCCUGCACCUCCACCGGACGGUCAUCCAAGAGGCCAGGUCGCCCGUCGCGGCCCUGACCCAUUCCUCCAAACUGUGCGAGAGCGCCGCCGAGACCUUGGUGGGCAUCCUGUCGUCCAUGAUCCAGUCCGGUACCAUCCGGCGCUGUUACUUCACCGCCUCGACCGCGGUCAUGGCCGCGGCCAUCCAAUUCAUCCGGGAAAUGCGCGGGGCCAUUGCGCAGAACUCGUCGCUGCUGGCGCUCCAGGCCCAGGACCGACUGGAGGGCUGUUUCCCGGCCAUGAACGAGCUGACGCGCUACUGGCCCGCGACCAGCGCGACGCUCAAAUUGUUCCAGCACGUCCUGGAGACGACCAAGCCCAUGAUGAACUCGCACUUCAACGAUCAGAUCUCGCGCGUCUCUUCCGGCGCCGUGGCCGUGGAUGCGGCCAGUCAAGAUCUUGGGCCGGAUAACUGGGACUCCAUGUUUUCCAACCUCUACACUAUCGCCCCAGAACCAGACUGGUCCAACAUCGAGUCUUGGUUUGGGGUCUCGCCGUACAAUGGUGGCGAUGGUGGGAGUGGGCGAGUGCCCUAGACUCUCGAAGCAGCUCCACACCGAC